AUGGAUCCUAGCACCCGACUCACGCAGAUUAUCCAAGAAAUGCGGGUAGAAAUCAACAGACUAGAGAAAGAGAAUCAUGACCUCCGGGUGAAGCUGAUUUCAAUCAGUCAGACAGCCACUAGCUCAGGGAGAGAAUCUGAAGAUGAAAUGGAAGAGGGUGCGUGCGGCCAGUCUCCGGGGACCAUUCAUGGUGGUGUUCCCGUUGAUUCUACACCAGCUGUGCAGGAACACCAAGGCAACGUCAUGAUUGUUAGACGCUAUGCCAUUUCUCCAUCAGUUCACUCAUAUGCAGCAAAUGACCCCUGGAAAGCAGGCAAUAGACUUUCCAGUGAUGGACCGGCACUGGCAUGGUCUUCAACUAGAAAGCAAGACAAUGAAGAAAAGAUGUUGGCAGCAGACGCUUACAGCAUCAACAGCUCCAGCCAGAAAGCUCCUUCUGAUCACAGUUUUGUUUGCAGUGAUUAUGCGGGAAGCCCUACUGUGAAAAGGCUGCAAGAGAAUAGCAAAAAUAAGGAGACCAGGCUUUUGACUAUAAAGUUAUCUAGGCAAAGGAUGAUUACUUCCAGGCCAAGAAUAGUCACCGUGGAUGUGGUUUCUCGGUACAUCUCUCAGUUGAGGUCAGAAGAGUUUAUUACCAGGGAGAAGACAAAAACAGUCAGUUUCCAGUUACCCGGGGAUAGGUCAUCAGGUCCCAAAAAUUCAAAUUCUUUGAAGCACUCAGCAAAUCAGACCACAAACCAGCCAAGCAUCAUCGCAGAAAAGGAUGUGUGA